CGAUACUUUAAAGCAAGGUCGAGGCUCUCUCCUACAACAGAAUAAAGCUUCCAAACGCCCUAUCUAUCCUGCUUCCCGUGUGUCACUCACUCUGUUUGUAUGUGAAUGUGCUCGCGUGCGUGCGUGCUUUUCAUGAAACUAGGGGAGUGAGAGAGAGAGAGAGAGAGAGAGGGGUGGGACCAAGCAAGCAGCAUUGGCUGCAGUGGGAAAAGGCCUCUUUCAACUGCCAGCCGCUGCAUUUCUGCUCUCAUCGAGCUCCGCUGGACCGUGUCAUGUGACCAUUCCGAACGCAUUCUACUCGCAUCAUCGUGGAGGUCAACUUCGUUCUGCGACAGGAGCAGUCGGGAUUGUUUAUUAUUAUUAUUAUUAUUAUUAUUUUUGUUUCGCUUAGGAGGUUUCGGGGUGAGAUUGUCAGGAAAGGAUCUUUGUCCUUCGAUGAUAUUUUGGAAGAGGAUUCGAGUUGGACUCGUGCGGAGAGUUUGCGGCUCAUUCCUGCUUUGUUACAUUUGAUUUUCUUUUCUUUUUUCUGUUCUAGUUUUUGUUUUUUGAAGAGGCAAUGGUGAGGCGAAACUAGCUUGCGAGUACGACGAGCAAGGCGAGAAGAGAUGAUGUCCGAUGGAGCGCGGGCUAGUUGUUUGAGGACUUCAGCAAGUUUUUCCGGUUAUCGUUGAACUUAAUUCAUUGUGCUCGCCUCAGAAAGUUAAGUUUUGCUUAGUUUUGUUUUAUUUUUUGCUCCAGAGAGGGGUAUACCCGAUCCAUUGAUAGUGGAAUUGCCUAGUUUUUACCUGGAUAUUAUUCAUGGAUUAUAAAAAUCAGCUCUAAAUUGUAGAGCCUUUUAUACAAUGCACCUAGAUUAUUAUGUAUUUGACUUUCAGCCGUGCCAAACAUGGUGUUGACCUGCUAAUAGAGUUGUAAGUCUUUAGUGCACAAUAAUGCAAAGUAUUUUAUGGCACGAAAGAACUUGUGGUUAUGCCUUGCUGGACACGGUGGAUCAUCUCAUAAUGUGCAAAAAAUGCCUGAACACCAAGUUCAUGUAGAUGGCAGCUUGUUAAGGCUUGAGUACAAUGUGUUUUCCUUGAUGAUUAGGAUCAGCCUGGACUUAUUGCGUCGAAUAUAAAUCCCGAUGCUUGAAAAGCGGGAGGUUUUACCUGAGGCCAGUGUGUGGAGGAACCAGCAGAACAAUAUGCUGAGCGACGUAGCUAUGCAAUUUGCUCCAGGAGCUGAAUUAAUGGUUGGAAGGAGCAAGAUGCAGCCAUGGUCAGAGCACAAUGAGUCUUCGUGCAUGACCGAGUUAGCGUCUCCUCCAGCCAACCCCACAGCUUUUUGGGAUCAAACGAUGCACAGCCAAAUCGAGUCGAGUAACUUAUUUGGUAUGACAACUUCAAAUAUGGACAUAGAUUUUCAGCCAUCGACUCCUACAUUCUACUCUUAUGCUCGUGAAACUAGUCAAGGUAGUGCUAGCACUGGAUCGUCUACAUAUAGCGAUCAGGAAGGGGAACGCAUGAAGAGGCGGCGUAUGCUGCAGUUCACUGGGGUUAACACAGGUGGCUUUGCUCACGACUCGCCGCCUCCUUACGAGAGUGUCAUUGGCUCGCCUACAAAGACAUUCUCUUCAUACUCGUGUUCUUCGUCCUAUGCAAAUUCUCUUUCUUCAGUUUACAGUGGUGACGACUACAUGUUGCAACCUUCUGAGUCACCUGGUUUGCCAAGCUCGUCGUGGGUUUCUGGAUCUGAUGUUUCCACCUCUUGUAUGCUUCCCAACAUUCAAGAGCCUCUUGACAAGUGGUCUUCUCUAACGUCGUUUGAUAACAUUCAGUCCUACAGUGCUUCAAUGCAAAUUGGAGAUCUUCAGAUUCCGACUGAUAGUUACAUCCCAAACUCAUUUGGAGAGAUUCAUUCUCCACAACAGUGGCAACGGCAAUCGUCACCCCCGCCGCAGUCCAGUUUCUGUCGACAACGACAGUCACCACCGCAAAUGCAAUUUCAGCAGCCUACCCAAUGUGAGCAAACUCAACAGCGAUGGUUGCAAGCAAAGGCAGAGCCUGGACAGUUGCAUAGUCCUCUCACAGCUUUCGCAAAGCCUCCUACUCCGGGUCGGAGGCAUUUAGGGCCGAGUAGAUUCAAAACGAAGUCGAUGACACCCAUCGCAUUGCCGUUUGCGAUGCUGAAACCAUCUCCUGCUCAGGGUGAUGUGACACUCAGUGAUAUAAAUAAGUUUUUAAUGAACCCCCCAACAACACUUACAGACGGGCCAUCACCUGUGGAGGAGAAAAAGCCUCCUACUCCUCCAGGAGCGGGCCUUUCUGGAAAAUCCGUUUUCGCAUGCACCAAGAUACGCACUGAAGGUGCUGGCACCAUCACCAUCUUGAGGACUAAGGGAUAAACUUCAGUCAUCUCCUAAAGUCGUGAAAAUUAUCAUUAAAGGGCCGAAAACCACCUCGUCUAACGCUGGAUGCCUGCCCUGCCACCUUGAACUGACUCUUGUCAUGUGGUGUCCACCUUCGUGUAACGUCUUGGCGCGGGACAGUGAGUGUGUAAGUACUCUCUCUACCGAACCCGUUGAUAGCUCGAUGGUGGUGCUCUGGAAAAAGGCAAAAAAAGUCCUUUCAACCGAAAUUACUGUAACAUAGCUAGAGCUCAUGCAUUCCCUAAGAUUCAUGACUUUUUUUCUUAAUUAUCCUGCAUAGUUGGAUUCCAGAGGGACGGUUUUGUAAAUUAGCUUGUCGACGGAGAGACCGCCUGGAUUAUCGAAGAAUCUAUAAUUUGUUACAAUUCAAUCGCACGGAUUUGAGUGCACCCAUUUCCUUUCCGAUCCCCAACGAAAGUUACUCGUAGUGGAGUUGCAUCGUUAGACUCGAUUUAGCCCGUGAUUUUUUCACGAUCCGUUCCAUGACUUGUAGAUAGAUUCGAAGUCGAAACUGUAUUUCAGUUCGCUUCAACUGCAAGUCUCCUGCCACUCGCUACACUCUAUGAACAUUAUGCAUGAGCUCAUCAGAAGCCAUCGAAGAGGAGCUCAAAAUCUUAGUCGCAUGGGGCAUCUGCACAGACACAAUCUCUGUCUACCAUCCAUACAAGUUUAUAGCUAUUUAUGAGAGUUAUCACAUGACUUGAUGCCACCCCUUGCCAGUGUUCACUGCGUAGCAGUAUUAUUUGCACAGCACACUAGAUUUCUACGUGUGAAGAUACGUGGUAAAGUCUGAUAUCAUUGCAGAUAUUUAGUUUUAGGAGACCAAAGGGCAUUUUACUCUUUUUGAAGACUUUUUAUGAUGGAUAUUUUGGCAGUCUAACUGUUGACCUGGGCUUUUUGCACAGUUGCAGAUUGGUAAGUUUGUUGGCCACAUUCAGUGGGACUGUUAGUAUCUCUUAGUCAGAUAGGAGUAAAGAUAAAUUACAAGAGGCAAAGCCUCAACCAUAUAUGAAGAGUGUGUUGGUUGCACUCACCCACCAACUUAAUUACCUUAACUACAUUAAGGUACACGAUUAAAAUUAA